AUGGAGAUUAGAGACACAGUCCGACUCUGUGAAGGUUUUGGAGCCUUUCGGUUGAAUAAAAAUAUUUGUCUUGUUUCUCCGCAGGCUUGCCAUGGAUGUGUGGGAUCCAAAUGUGACUGCAGUGGAGUGAAAGGAGCCAAAGGUGAACGGGGUUUCCCAGGUCUCACCGGACAGCCAGGGGUCCCAGGGUUCCCCGGACCCGAGGGGCCGAUCGGAGGAAGAGGAGAGAAGGGCAGCGACGGACCUCAAGGACCAGGCGGUCCAAAAGGAAUCAGAGGGCCUCCAGGAUUGCCUGGAUUUCCAGGAACACCAGGUCUUCCGGGUCUGCCGGGUCAGGACGGACCUCCGGGCCCGAGAGGCGUGGCAGGAUGCAACGGAACAAAGGGUGAACGGGGUUUCCCAGGAACUUCCGGGAUCCCAGGACAACAGGGUCUAAUGGGACCACCAGGUCUGCCAGGGUCAAAGGGAGAUCCAGGUGACGUGAUCUCCAGUAAUCGGUUUGGAGAUAAUGGAGCAGUGGGAUUACCUGGAGUACCAGGAGUUCCUGGCUCACCGGGGCCCCCUGGUUUACAAGGUCCACUCGGGCCCCCGGGACCCAGAGGUUAUGAGGGUCGUCCAGGUCCUCCCGGUCCUCCUGGACCCAAGGGAAACAUGGGUUUGAACUUCCAAGGACCCAAAGGAGAGAAGGGAGAACCAGGUUUGCAAGGACCCGCCGGUCCCCCAGGACAGGUGGGAGAACAGAAGAGGCCCCCGGAGACGGAGAUCCAGAGAGGAGACAAGGGCGACCCAGGACUUCCCGGCCCUCGGGGUGAUCCCGGUUAUCCAGGUUCUCCCGGCCCCUCAGGUGGACAGAAAGGAAGCAAGGGCGAACCAGGAGAGGCCGGCAAACGAGGUAAACCAGGCAAAGAUGGCGACCCCGGUCCUCCAGGAUACCCGGGAGGCAAAGGAGAGUCAGGCCUGCCAGGUCCUCCAGGCAGAGACGGAGAGAGAGGUUUCAAAGGAGAGCGUGGAUUCACAGGUCCACCUGGAGUGGUGAUUGGCGGGCAGACAGGAGGUAGGGUCGGUCCGAAAGGUGAGCCCGGAUACCCCGGAUCACCUGGACUCAAAGGAGAUCGAGGACCAGCAGGUUCAACGGGACCACCGGGACCACCAGGACGUCCAGCCGUCGGUGGCGGCGGUCAGCCUGGACCUCCCGGUUUCCCCGGAGAGAGAGGUCAGAAGGGAGACGGUGGUGCUCCAGGCCUCUCUUUACCAGGAGCCCCAGGACGAUCUGGAUCUCCUGGCAGCCCGGGACCACAGGGGCCCCCUGGACCUCCAGGCUUUUCCAGCAGCGCACAAAACUGCGUCGCCGGAGAACCCGGGCGCCCCGGUGUGCAGGGCGAGAGAGGUUACCCCGGAAAUUCGGGACAGAAAGGUGAGAAGGGCGAAACCUGCGUGAACUGCUUCAAUGACAUCAGCUCGAUCCCAGGAGAGAAAGGACUUCCUGGACCACCUGGAUUCCCAGGUAAUCCUGGCAACCCGGGUUUGAAAGGAGACAGAGGAUUUCCAGGGAAUCCCGGAAGUGCUGGACCCGCUGGUGCCCCCGGCCCUCAAGGUUCCGCAGGAUUCCCCGGAGAGAAAGGUGAUCCAGGUGAUGCCAUCACAGUCCCUGGUGGGCGGGGAGAGAAGGGUGACACUGGCUUCCCUGGACCCCCCGGUCUUCCCGGUCUGGACGGUCGACCUGGUCGUGAUGGACAACCUGGAUCCCCGGGGCCCAAAGGAUCUUCUGGCUCUCUGCUGGUAAAAGGAGAACGAGGACCCCCCGGUGAGCCGGGUUCUCCUGGUAAUCCAGGAGACAGGGGUCCGCCAGGUGGCCCCGGCUUUGGACCUCAAGGGCCUUCCGGAGAAAAGGGUAUCCAGGGCGUCUCUGGAAGACCUGGAGGUCCCGGUGCUCCUGGUGCUAAAGGUGAACCUGGCCUGACAGUGGCAGAGAAAGGUUUACCAGGACCCAGAGGACAGGAUGGAGAGCCUGGACGGCCUGGUCCACCAGGUGACGCAGGUCAGUUUGGACAGCCUGGUUUCCCUGGUUUACCCGGAGUGAAGGGUGAACCUGGCCUCCCUGGCAUCGGACUCCCUGGACCCCCAGGAUCUAAAGGAUUCCCAGGUAUCCCAGGUCAGCCAGGAUCUCCUGGAGGACCAGGCAGACCAGGAGUAGACGGACUCUCCGGCCAGCCUGGAAUUCCUGGAUCCAAGGGUGAACCUGGCUUCGGACUUCCCGGCCCACCUGGUUUACCUGGAGUACCCGGAUCUAAAGGUUUCCCCGGACCAAAGGGAGAUCCUGGUUUCUCUGGUGGCCCUGGUUCACCAGGAAGAUCUGGAUUUGAUGGCACCCCAGGAUCCAAAGGCGAGCCCGGUUUAUCUGGUGUCCCUGGAGCUCGUGGCCCACCGGGAUCCCCCUCCACUGGCUCAUUUGGGCUCCCAGGCUCCCCUGGAGCUCCAGGCCCGAUGGGACCACCAGGAUUCCCUGGAUCAAAUGGAGAGAAAGGUGACCCCGGUCCUCCAGGUCUAGAUAUCCCAGGUUUGCCAGGAGAUAGAGGAAAUCCCGGUUUCCCAGGUUCUACAGGACCAGCUGGAACCCCAGGACCUCCUGGAGGGCCUGGACGAGAUGGUCUGCCUGGAUUGCCAGGUCAGAAAGGUGACAUGGGUCCCAUGGGAUCCCCAGGACCCUCCGGAGGACCGGGAGGCCCAGGAGGACCUGGUGCUCCUGGACUUAAAGGUGAACCUGGGUUCUCAGGUCGAGAUGGUUCUCCUGGUGGUUCCGGCAUUAAAGGAGAAAGGGGUGACCCCGGUGUCGCAGGACCCCCAGGUCCUACCCUGACAGCAGCAGCCGUAAAGGGAACCAAAGGAGAUUCAGGACUUCCAGGUGGACCAGGUUUUCCAGGUCAGAAAGGUGUCAGCGGUCUCCCCGGAGACCCAGGACUUCCAGGAUCAGAUGGUCGCCCUGGACUCCCCGGACCACCAGGUCCAAAGGGCGAUGCUGGAUUCCCAGGAGGCCCGGGAGGACCUGGAGCUCCAGGACUAAAAGGCAGCAUGGGAGAAAUGGGAUUUCCUGGACCAGCAGGGCAGAAGGGUCUACCAGGUCUGUCUGGGCGACCAGGAACCUCAGGACAGCCAGGAGGACCGGGUUUCCCCGGAGCCAAAGGUGAACCAGGUUCUGCCGGAGUUGGGCCACCUGGACCACCUGGAUUCAAGGGUGAGCCAGGUCAGUCAGGGUUCCCAGGAAGUCCAGGACUCAAAGGAGCUCCAGGAUCACCUGGUCUCUCAGGUUUACCUGGAAGUCCAGGUACCAAAGGUGAUCCUGGCCUUCCCGGAUUCCAAGGUUCUCCUGGUAUCCCAGGUCCGAAGGGUCUUGACGGUGGUCCCGGCUCCCCAGGUCUCACCGGAUCACCAGGUAGACCAGGAGAGCCUGGCCGACCUGGAGCAUCAGGUUUUCCAGGAGAUAAGGGUCAGGCAGGUCGUGAUGGAAUCCCAGGACCGGCUGGAGUCAAGGGAGAGCCCGGGCUUCCUGGUCACGGAGCCCCUGGUGCCUCUGGGCUUCCAGGGUUUCCAGGUGCAAAGGGAGACCCAGGUCUUCCCGGUCCCUCUGGCAGCCCCGGUUUCCCCGGCUCUAAAGGAGAAGCUGGCUUCCCUGGUUCCCCUGGUCCUUCAGGAAACAGUGGCCCUCCUGGCCCUCCUGGACUGGCUGUGCAGGGCCCCAAAGGACUCCAAGGUCCCCCUGGACCUCCUGGACGAGCAGGUCCCUCAGGUCCUCCAGGUCCAGGCGGCCCGCAGGGUCCCCGCGGACCUGCAGGAAGUGGCGGCGUUAAGGGAGAGAAGGGUAUUCCCGGCGCUCCUGGCCAGCCCGGCUUCUCUGGACAGAAGGGAGAGUCUGGUGUUCCAGGAUUCCCGGGUACCUCUGGUGUUCCUGGCGGCUCUGGUAUAAAGGGAGACAUCGGUCUGCCUGGCGUUCCUGGAUUCCCGGGACCCAAGGGAGACCCAGGAAUUAGCGGUAGUAAUGGUCUUCCUGGAGAUCCUGGAGACAUUGGGCCUGUCGGCCCUCCUGGUGACCCUGGUUUAUCUCCGACUCCCAUCGUGGUGAAGGGAGAGCGAGGACCUCCUGGACCUCAGGGCCAGCAAGGUGGCCAGGGACUGCCUGGUUCUUCUGGACGUGAUGGGCUGCCAGGUCAACCUGGUAACCCUGGAGAUCCUGGUACCGAGGGCCCUCCCGGCUUCAGCGGCCCACCCGGCAGGAAAGGAGACACAGGACCCGCCGGUCAGCCUGGUCAGCGAGGUUACCCUGGUCCCCCUGGUUCAGACGGUCCACAGGGUCAGCCUGGUCUCCCAGGAACAGCCUCUGCGGCCCACGGCUUCCUCAUCACCCGACACAGCCAGGGUACGGAGGUGCCCUACUGUCCCGACGGAACAAGCAGCAUCUACGACGGUUACUCGCUGCUGUACGUGCAGGGCAACGAGAGGGCUCACGGGCAGGACCUUGGCACGGCUGGCAGCUGUCUCCGCAGGUUCAGCACCAUGCCCUUCAUGUUCUGCAACAUCAACAACGUCUGCAACUUCGCCUCCCGAAACGACUACUCCUACUGGCUGUCCACGCCCGAGCCCAUGCCCAUGUCCAUGGACCCGCUCAGAGGGGAGAGCAUCAAGCCUUUCAUCAGCAGGUGUUCAGUGUGUGAAGCUCCAGCCAUGGUGAUAGCAGUGCACAGUCAGACCAUCCAGAUUCCAUCGUGCCCAGGGAACUGGGAAGCUCUGUGGAUCGGAUACUCCUUCAUGAUGCACACCAGUGCAGGUGCAGAGGGCUCCGGUCAGGCCCUGGCCUCUCCCGGCUCCUGCCUGGAGGAGUUCCGCAGCGCUCCCUUCAUCGAGUGCCACGGCAGCGGCACCUGCAACUACUACGGCAACUCCUACUCCUUCUGGCUGGCCACUGUGGAACCCUCUGAGAUGUUCAGGAAGCCACAGUCGGAGACUCUCAAGGCGGGGAACCUACGGACGCGCGUCAGCCGUUGCGUGGUCUGCAUGAAGAGGACGUAACAGCACACGGCGAUGAGCCCACUGUUGCCGGGGUGGGGGUGGGGGGGCGCCCAGUCAUUAGCAAUAAAUGAUUGGAUGACGGGGGACAAGUAGCGGUAGGGGGGUGGUCACCAUGGCGACAUGAUGGAAUUCCAAUGGUGCAUUGUCUUCCGGAAAAAAAAAAAAACUACAACCUUCGACUUAAACAAUGGUGCUACUGUGCGACACAGCUUAAAAAAGAAAGAGAAAAAAAAAAGAAAAAACUGACGUAAAUAAUAAAUCUUACAUUCAGUCUCUGUUUUUCUUAAGAAGUACCUCAGAAUGAAAGCAGAAAAAUCUCCGCUACAUGGUGCCAUGAUGGAUGCGUGACAAGAAAAGUGCAUUUUUCUUUGUUCUCCCUUCUUUCCCUGAUCGUUCACUGUUUCCUUUGACUUUUCUAAAAAGAAAAAAAUAACUCUCGACGUUGGUGCAAGAAAAGAAAAAAAAUGUGAUACUGUUCAUCAGUUUCCAGACAGAAGUGCUUUUUUUUUUUUUUUGUUUAAUCGAUGAGGACUGGAUGGUUACCAAAUCGGCACUUUUUGACUUCGGAACAUCCAUGAUGAGAUGCACUGACGACCAGCUUUCCUUCGUGAGACUGACUGCCUCUUUUUUUUUUUUCUUCAUUCACGUUCUCUCUCUUUCUCUGUCGUCUUCCUGACGCAUUACGUUACAUUCGGUGGUACUAACCCUGCUAGGGCGCGCCUGCUAACCGUCAGCCUUCACCUUUCCUUCUCUUAACUUUUUUGUAAGUAUAAUAAAAUGUGUAUAUUGUGUAAAACACCUUUUGUUGUUAGCGUGUUAGGUCUUCAGUCAGUACCAGCUGUUUGUUAUGAAUUUUUCCAGGUUCUAUUUAGCGCACACACUCACGCAUUCACACACAAACACACAUGUUCGCACACUCCA